AUGGCGCCCUCCCUUGCAGCGCCUGGCGGUGGGUUGCAGGGCUUCCUUUUCCAGCUGCACGACGCCCUUCGGAGUUCUGACCCCGGCAAUGCAGCGCUCCGCGGGUGCGGCUUAAUCCGUUCUUUAGCGGAGUCGUGUCUCAUUAGCAGUGGAGACGACAUCCUGGCCUUGCAGAUUUCACUGGUGUUUUCUAAAGAAAAUGGACUACUAUCAUUUAUUCAUAAGUCGCUGAGUGUUGAAGAUUUUAGAGAAUGCAGAGAAGAAGCAUUAAAAUUUAUUCUUGCCUUUGUGGAAAAGAUUGGCCUCAAAGUUCAGCCUUAUGCACAAGAUGUAAAGCGGAUAUGUGUUACUGUUUAUACAAAAGGCAGAUCAGCAAAAUGUGGAAUUCCAGCUCUAGAGCUAUUGAUCAAGCUGCUUCAGAAUUUACAAUCAUCAUAUAUAAUGGAAGACAUGAAAGUUGGAGAAAUCUUUAACAAAUUUUAUGGAGAACUUGCUAUAAAAAGCAAAGUGCCUGAUACAGUGUUGGAAAGGAUUUAUGAGCUCUUGGGAGUCUUGGGAGAAGUUCAACCUAGUGAAAUGAUUGACAAUUCUGAAAAACUAUUCCGUGCUUAUCUGGGAGAAUUAAAAAUACAGAUGACCUCUGCAACAAGACAACCAAAGUUCACUAUUGUAGCAGGGUGUCUGAAAGGACUAACUGCACUUAUGUAUAAUUUUACCAAAUCCAUGGAUGAAGAUCCUCGAACUUCAAAAGAGAUCUUUGAUUUUACAGUGAAGGCCAUAAGUCCACAGAUCGAUUUAAAAAGAUAUGCAGUGCCUCUUGCUGGUCUACAUUUAUUCAGUAAGCAUGCUGUUCAGUUCAGCACUUAUCUUUUAGACAAUUAUGUCUCAUUGUUUCAAACAAUGUCCAAAUGGAGUGGCCAUCAAAAUGCAGAACUCAAGAAAGCUGGUCAUUCUGCGUUGGAUUCAUUUCUUAAACAGAUUUCAUCAAUGGUUGCCAAAGAUGUUGAAAUGCAUAAGAGCAAGUUGCAAUUCUUUAUGGAACAAUUUUAUGCUAUCAUCAGAAAUAUGGAUGCCAGCAACAAAGAACUGUCCAUUGCUAUUCGUGGUUAUGGACUAUUUGCAGCGCCUUGUAAAGUUAUCAGACCAAAGGAUGUAGAUUUCAUGUAUGUCGAACUCCUUCAGCGCUGUAAGCAGAUGUAUCUAACUGAGGCAGAAACAAUUGAUGACCAUGUAUAUCAACUACCAAGCUUCCUUCAAUCCAUUGCAAGUGUUAUAUUCCACUUGGAUGCUAUUCCUGAGAUAUACACUCCAGUUCUUGAACGUCUUAUAAUAGUACAAAUAGAUAGCUUCCCACAAUAUAGUACCAAGAUGCAAACAGUAUGUUGUAGGUCUAUUGUGAAAGUAUUUUUAGCUUUGGCAGCAAAAGGCCCUGUAUUGUGGAGUUUUAUGAGCACUGUCGUGCAUCAGGGUUUAAUCAGAAUCUGUUCAAAACCACUGGUUUUUUCAAUGGAUGGUAUAGUGGAUCCCGUAGACAGCGCUUUGAGAGACUUUUGUGGUCAAUGUGUCCAUGAAUUUUUGAAAUGGUCCAUUAAGCAAACUACUCCACAGCAGCAAGAGAAAAGUCCAGUGAACACAAAAUCUCUUUUUAAGAGGCUGUACAGCCUUGCUCUCCAUCCUAAUGCUUUCAAACGGCUAGGAGCUGCACUUGCUUUCAAUAACAUUUACCGAGAGUUUAGAGAAGAGAAUGCUCUGGUGGACCAGUUUGUUUUUGAAGCAUUGGUUGUAUAUCUGGAAAGUCUGGCCUUGACACAUGGAGAUGAGAAAACUAUUACCCCUCAGCUACCUUUAAUAAAUGUCAUAGGUGUUCUUGAAAAUUUGAUCCAGUUAUUAUCUAUAAACAUAUAG